AUGCAUAUAACCGAAAUAAUUAAACUCAAAGCCUUCCCAUUGUAUCUACAGAUAAACCAGCUGUACUGGGUGAGUCCGAAGCCCGAGCUGCGCACGCUGGAUGGCGGCGUGUGGUCCAAGGAUUCGCCCGAGGCGGUGGCGUACGUGUAUUCGAUUCCCCAGCUAAACGCCAAGAUCGUCAUGCUCUGGGACGACUACCUCGUCAGGAUAAACCAGAAUGCCACAAUGCUGGCAAAGGUGGGGGGCAUCACCGACCCCAACCCAGCGGACUGUCUGAUAGACGUGGCCACGCCCAACCCGCAGUGGGCGCGCUACCUGGACGAGUGGGACGCAGUGCUGCUGGAAACCACCACGCACUGGCGUUCGCUCUCCAAAGGGCCGCGCAUGGUCUACACGAACGAGAACUGGGGCAAGCUGAGCCUGGAUCAGUACCAGGCGCACAGCCAAGCUCUGACGAGCGUUCGCACGCACUUUAGCAAUCGCAAGAGGUUGGGGAAGGAUCUGCCUGUGCCGUUCUUCAUGACGGCUCCUCCGCAGCACAACGCCAAGAAGGUUGGCGGCAAGGGCGUGUGCGGGUCACCUGGUCGGAUGCUGAAUGCGAAAGAGAUGGGCAAGCUACAGCGCACCAACGUGCAGAUGAAGCUCUUUCUGCCCAUCCAGCAGAAGAUGGGCAAGCUACAGCGCACCAACGUGCAGAUGAAGCUCUUUCUGCCCAUCCAGCAGAAGAUGGGCAAGCUACAGCGCACCAACGUGCAGAUGAAGCUCUUUCUGCCCAUCCAGCAGAAGAUGGGCAAGCUACAGCGCACCAACGUGCAGAUGAAGCUCUUUCUGCCCAUCCAGCAGAAGAUGGGCAAGCUACAGCGCACCAACGUGCAGAUGAAGCUCUUUCUGCCCAUCCAGCAGAAGAUGGGCAAGCUACAGCGCACCAACGUGCAGAUGAAGCUCUUUUUGCCCAUCCAGCAGAAGAUGGGCAAGCUACAGCGCACCAACGUGCAGAUGAAGCUCUUUCUGCCCAUCCAGCAGAAGAUGGGCAAGCUACAGCGCACCAACGUGCAGAUGAAGCUCUUUCUGCCCAUCCAGCAGAAGAUGGGCAAGCUACAGCGCACCAACGUGCAGAUGAAGCUCUUUCUGCCCAUCCAGCAGAAGAUGGGCAAGCUACAGCGCACCAACGUGCAGAUGAAGCUCUUUCUGCCCAUCCAGCAGAAGAUGGGCAAGCUACAGCGCACCAACGUGCAGAUGAAGCUCUUUCUGCCCAUCCAGCAGAAGAUGGGCAAGCUACAGCGCACCAACGUGCAGAUGAAGCUCUUUCUGCCCAUCCAGCAGAAGAUGGGCAAGCUACAGCGCACCAACGUGCAGAUGAAGCUCUUUCUGCCCAUCCAGCAGAAGAUGGGCAAGCUACAGCGCACCAACGUGCAGAUGAAGCUCUUUCUGCCCAUCCAGCAGAAGAUGGGCAAGCUACAGCGCACCAACGUGCAGAUGAAGCUCUUUCUGCCCAUCCAGCAGAAGAUGGGCAAGCUACAGCGCACCAACGUGCAGAUGAAGCUCUUUCUGCCCAUCCAGCAGAAGAUGGGCAAGCUACAGCGCACCAACGUGCAGAUGAAGCUCUUUCUGCCCAUCCAGCAGAAGAUGGGCAAGCUACAGCGCACCAACGUGCAGAUGAAGCUCUUUCUGCCCAUCCAGCAGAAGAUGGGCAAGCUACAGCGCACCAACGUGCAGAUGAAGCUCUUUCUGCCCAUCCAGCAGAAGAUGGGCAAGCUACAGCGCACCAACGUGCAGAUGAAGCUCUUUCUGCCCAUCCAGCAGAAGAUGGGCAAGCUACAGCGCACCAACGUGCAGAUGAAGCUCUUUCUGCCCAUCCAGCAGAAGAUGGGCAAGCUACAGCGCACCAACGUGCAGAUGAAGCUCUUUCUGCCCAUCCAGCAGAAGAUGGGCAAGCUACAGCGCACCAACGUGCAGAUGAAGCUCUUUCUGCCCAUCCAGCAGAAGAUGGGCAAGCUACAGCGCACCAACGUGCAGAUGAAGCUCUUUCUGCCCAUCCAGCAGAAGAUGGGCAAGCUACAGCGCACCAACGUGCAGAUGAAGCUCUUUCUGCCCAUCCAGCAGAAGAUGGGCAAGCUACAGCGCACCAACGUGCAGAUGAAGCUCUUUCUGCCCAUCCAGCAGAAGAUGGGCAAGCUACAGCGCACCAACGUGCAGAUGAAGCUCUUUCUGCCCAUCCAGCAGAAGAUGGGCAAGCUACAGCGCACCAACGUGCAGAUGAAGCUCUUUCUGCCCAUCCAGCAGAAGAUGGGCAAGCUACAGCGCACCAACGUGCAGAUGAAGCUCUUUCUGCCCAUCCAGCAGAAGAUGGGCAAGCUACAGCGCACCAACGUGCAGAUGAAGCUCUUUCUGCCCAUCCAGCAGAAGAUGGGCAAGCUACAGCGCACCAACGUGCAGAUGAAGCUCUUUCUGCCCAUCCAGCAGAAGAUGGGCAAGCUACAGCGCACCAACGUGCAGAUGAAGCUCUUUCUGCCCAUCCAGCAGAAGAUGGGCAAGCUACAGCGCACCAACGUGCAAAUGAAGCUCUUUCUGCCCAUCCAGCAACGCGUCUUCACGCCAACCUCGGGCGUGCGUCGCAUGGACAUCACCACUAUGAGCGCCUUCCGACCCGAGGCACACAUCGGCGGAUUCAUGGGCGGGGACUCAGGAGGGUCUCAUGGGCACUAUGAGCGCCUUCACCCCCGACUCGGGCGUUCGUCGCUUGGACAUCACAUCACGUUUUGA